AUGAGGGUAACGGUGUUCACAAGGUUUAGGUUGUUGGGUUGGAAGCUUGUUGUCGUAAUUGUAAAAUUUCCCAAGAAAGGAAGUAGCUUGAGAUACGUAUCACAGCCGCUGCGGCUGCAGUUUGAUGAAUUUGAUGAGAUGGGCUAUUCACUGAGUAGAUUGACCCUAGAAUCUGACCAUUUUGAUGAAGUUGGUAGCAGUCAAACAUCCGGCAAACUCUUGCAUAAUCUAGAGCAUGAAGUGGCCCAACUCACAAAGUUAAGGUCAGCACCCCAUGAGCGGCUCACCCAAAUUGGACCGGGGAAGCGGGACCUGCCCGUUUCCGUGGUCAAGAUGCUGGCUGGUCGAGAAGGUAAUUAUUCGGGAAGGGGAAGGUUCUCUUCUGCAGAUCGUUGUCAUGUUCUAAGUAGAUAUUUGCCAGUGAAGGGUCCUGGGCUUGUUGACCACAUGCCCAGCCGGGCAUAUGUCUCACAGUUUUCAGCAGAUGGAUCUCUUUUUAUUGCUGCGUUUCAGGAUAGCCAGAUUAGAAUAUACAAUGUGGAUAAAGGGUGGAAAAUACAGAAGAACAUUCAUGCGAAAACUAUGCGAUGGACCGUCACUGAUACGUCUCUUUCCCCAGAUCAACACCAUCUUGUUUAUGCGAGUAUGUCACCUAUUGUUCAUAUGGUUAAUGUGGGAUCAUCUCAAACAGAGUCUCUUGCAAAUGUAACGGAGAUCCAUGAAGGUUUGGAUUUUUCCUCUGGUGAUGAUGGAGGGUACUCAUUUGGUAUUUUCUCCAUAAAAUUCUCGACAGAUGGACACGAACUUGUUGCUGGAAGUAGUGAUGACUCCAUAUAUGUUUAUGAUCUUGAAGCCAAUAAACCCUCCCUUCGAAUUUUGGCACACACGUCUGAUGUGAACACCGUAUGUUUUGCUGAUGAAAGUGGGCAUCUUAUUUAUUCUGGAAGUGAUGAUACUCUCUGUAAGGUGUGGGACAGACGUUGUUUUAAAGCUACGGGGAGGCCAGCAGGAGUCUUGACGGGACACCUAGAAGGUAUUACAUUCAUUGACAGCAAGGGAGAUGGUCGUUAUUUCAUUUCAAAUGGUAAAGAUCAGGCCAUUAAACUUUGGGAUAUCAGGAGAAUGACUUCUAAGGCCACCUGCAUUCCAGGGCAUAGGAGUUCUGAAUGGGAUUACAGAUGGAUGGACUACCCACCCCAGGCAAAAGAUAUCAAACAUCCAUCUGAUCAAUCAAUAGCUACAUAUAGAGGUCAUUCAGUCUUGCGUACGCUUAUUCGCUGCUACUUUUCCCCCGCAUAUAGCACUGGUCAAAAGUACAUCUACACUGGAUCACAUGAUUCUGGCGUUUAUAUAUACGAUUUGGUAAGUGGAGCCCGAGUUGCGACACUCAAGUAUCAUAAAGCACCUGUAAGAGAUUGUAGUUGGCACCCCUAUUACCCAAUGCUCGUAAGCUCUUCUUGGGAUGGGGCCGUUGUUAGAUGGGAGUUCCCAGGGAAUGGAGAAGCACCAGAACCUGCACCAGCACCUUUCAGCAGAAACAGCAUCUGGAGGAGACAUUUUUCUUGA